CGUGGCCUAUCAAAGGAAUAACAAAGUUUUUAAACGUUUCCCGUUUUCCUCUGUAAAUCCACCGCUGAAUGUCCGGAGCAGGACCGAAGGUUUUUUCUACACAGAUAAGUCUUUCUAGAGAUGAAAAACAAUAAAACCUUAAUCUGUGUGGCGCGAAAAUACGAGCUCGUGCUAUUCUUGCUAACUGUUUGCUAACGUUAGCCUAGCCUAGCUAAAGCGUCAUUUUGAUCCCGCUCUGCGUUUGUUUUCCGGCUUUCGUUGGUUCUUGUAACGUUUCUGAACACUAGUUUGCAACAUUUAGAGGCUUCCACCGCAGAAAUCUGGGUCCACUGACCGGAAAAAGGAUGCCAAACUGUCCGGUGUCCGUGUCGGGGGGGUUCAGCUCAACCCCGGUUAAGAGCAACCGAACGACGGAGCUCAUAGCCGGGGAGUCUACCGGAGACGAAGACACGUUUUCUCUGCUGUCUCCCAUCUACCACGACAGCUUCGACAGCGACGGAGAGGAGCUGAACUCCAGCCCCAUCCGGCUGCAGGGACCCGGGUCUCCAGACAGCUCUUCUAGAUGUGAGCUUCCUAAAUCUUCUCUGGAGCCGUCUGCAUCCCAGCCGUCUGCAUCCCAGCCGUCUGCAGCCCAGCCGUCUGCUGCCCAGCCGUCUGCAGCCCAGCCGUCUGCUGCCCAGCCGUCUGCAGCUUCUCUCAGCGCGUGGGAAACAUGGGUAUUGAGCAAAGCUAAAGAGGAGCGACUUAAACUGGAAAAGAAGGCAGAAGAAGAACGCAUCCUGAAAGAAAAAGAAGAACAGCAGGAGAAGGAGCAAGAACGGAAAAGGAUGGUCAUGGAAGAGAAGAUUCAGGAAUGGCUGAAAGUGAAAAGAAAACACAAGAUGCAGGAGCAGCUGGUGAAACACAGAGCAGAGGAGGAGAAGAUGCAGAAGGAGAUGGAGAAACAGAGGGAGGUUGAGCAGAAAGCUCAGCAGAGGUAUAACGUCUGGCUGCAGAAGAAGAACCAAGAAAAACUACAGAAGGAAAAGAAAGAGAAGGAAAUAGCAGUCCUGAAGGGGGAGCAGGAGGAGGAGCGCCGCAGGAGGGCAGAGGAGAAGUUUAAGGAGUGGCUCGCUAAAGCCAAUGAGAAAAGCAGAGCGAGUCCCGAAUCCCCUCGUCACCAAACGAGUCCCUACGACAGACUGAUCCCAGCUCCCAGCUUCUACAACCCAAUCCCCUGGAAGCCCAUCCACGCCCCUCCGGAAAACCCGCAGAAGAAGACGCCUGUCCAGGGUCAGGGUCACCGCGGGGCUUUAAGACGGUCAAACGCUGGGAGCACGCCGCGUCUGCUGCAGAGGAGAUGACUUACUGUGUGGCCCUCAGAGGCCCCGAAAGCUUCAGAAGCUUUGGAAAUCAGAAAAGCCUCUGAAGCCUCAAAAGCCUUUAGAGGUUUCAGAGGCCUAAAAGCCACAGAAACAUCUGAAGCCUCAAAAGCCUCAGAAGCUUCAUUUCAUCAUCUUUGGAGCUGCUGUCACAUUCAGUCCAUAUUGCGAUGGAUUCAUCCGUUUUUCAGGAUGUCAAUACUUGACUUUACUUUGAAAGUAAAAUAGAAAAAUAAAAGUGAUUUCAGAGUC